CCUUUAAUAACAGAAAAUUUGUUACAAUUAUUUUGUGUGAUAUUGGGACUAUAUAGAAGUAAGGAAGCUUUUUAUCGAAAAAUAUCUUGAAGAGUGACAUUAAGUGACAUUAAAAUGGCACAAUUGAAAACUAUUCUUUUAUUUUCGAUUUUUUAUAUUUGCCUGUUAAUGGCAUUGUAUUGUUAUGCGGACGGUACUUGUAUAGAUGCUGGUCUACGAUGCAUGUAUAAUCCCAAAAAAUGCUGUCCUGGUUUAGAAUGUUUACCCGAUUUUGUUGACGAGAAAGUAUGCAGUCGAAGAGAACCUCCUUAUAGAUGUGUAGUUCGAGGUGGACGUUGCGAUAAUGGAGAUCGUGAUCUGAGAUGCUGUGGAGCUUCAAUAUGUAUAGGCACAUCUUCUGGAAAAAUAUGCCGUAAUAUGUGGGAUUAAAGUCGAUACAGAUUAUUAGAACAAUUUAUUAUUCAAAGAUUACAUCAGAAUCAUAAUACUCCUUUCUAAAUCUGUUACUAAUUAAAAUCAUAAGCGUACUCUGAGAAAACUAUAGCAAAUGAGUCAGAAAAAUGAACAUCGAUAUAUAAAUUUGAUGUUUAAAAAUUUGUAUUUAUUGUUUAUUAAUUAAAGUUUAAUUCAAAUUUAAAGUUAAAACCUUAGUUUGUUACAGAUCAGAAACACGAGAUUUAUUCAAAAAUUGUUACAGGACUAGAAACAUAAAAGUGAUUCUAAAUCUGUUACUGAUUAAAAUAACUCUAAAACUGUUGUAGGUUAAAAUUUUGAAGCUUUUAUGGAUCAGCAAGUGCUUUAGAACCACUGUGAUGAUUUUAAUCAGCAAGAAUUUUAGAAUCACUAGUGUCUUUAUUUUCUGUAACAGUUUUAGAAUCAUUGUUGUGUUUCUGUUCUCCAACAAUUUUUGAAUCACUGUUGUAUUUCUGUUCUCUAAUAAUUUUUGAAUAAGUGUUGUAUUUUUGAUCUGUAACAACUUUAGAACCACUGUUAUGGUUUACAGAUUAAAAUUACAACAGGGGUACUAAAAUUGUUACAGAUUAGAAACACAAUAAGAGAUGUAUAUUUUUCUUUUUUAAUACGUUAAUUGAAUAUAAAUUGGUUUUCGUUUUUCCUUAUUGACAAUAAAUGAUAAACUUAUUCUUU